AUGUCUGUACCUCCCUCGUCUCUCAAUCGCGCGACCAGUGUUCCUGCAAGCCAAAACACCGCUCCAGUCAUCACAUUCCGAUAUGGGUACCUCAAAUACCACACCUUCAACAAACGCGCCCUGGUAUACGACGAUGCUGGAAAUUUCAUAGGCGAUCACCACUGGCCGGGAAGCCACGAUACCCAGGAUGGCGAUGAGUUAGAACUUGACAAGGGUGUUUUAAUACAAGUUACCGAGUGUAUGGAAACCACGCAGACUGAUAUAUCGGUACUUUUCGACAAACGCAAAGCUAGACAAGAAUCUCCGCAGCAGAAAACGCCUGCUCCUCCCCAACUCCCGUCGUCCGGUAUUCCAUCAGCUUCAUACACAAGACAAUCGCCCCUUGCAAGACUGGCCAGGCCGUUCAACCCACUCAAACCACUAAAUGAUGUUUUGGGGUAUUCGGAGAGGGCGUAUUAG